AGCUCUCCCCUCAGCUGUCGCUUCCGUCUCCCUCUCCCCCCUCCCUGCCUCCCUCUCAGCGCCUCGCAAGGCCCGGCUCCCCUCCUUCCGCAGUAUCCACCGCCAUCCAGGCGAGCCUUGUCUCCCUCCGGCACAGAGAAGAUGACGUUCCAGUGGACGGCCGUGGCAGCCUUCCUCUACGCCGAGAUCGUGAUCUUGUUGAUCCUCUGCGUGCCAAUCAUUUCCCCCUUGAGAUGGCAGAAGGUGUUUACAAUCCGUAUAUGGAGCAAACUUGCAAACUACUGGAAUAAGGCAUUCCUUACUAUUAUAGUCCUAUUAAUUGUUUUAUUUCUUGAUGCAGUAAGAGAAGUGAGAAAGUACUCCAGUAUCCACUCAAGUGACAAAACUCCACACAUGCCAACCCCCAAUGCAUUUGAUCAUAUUCAAAUGAAACUUUUUAGAGCGCAGCGGAAUCUUUAUAUCUCAGGAUUCUCCCUUUUUCUUUGGCUUGUACUGAGACGUACCGUUUCACUUAUCACUAUGUUGGCAAAAGAGAUGCAAGUCCAGAUGACUCUAGAAACAGAAAUAGCAGGCACCAGCGAAAAAGCUAAGAAAUACUUGGAAGAGAAUGAAAAUCUUCAGAAAGCACUGAAAGAAAAAAAGACUUGCAAGAAUGAAAGUUUGUCUGAUGCAGAAAAUGAGCAGAUGAAGCAAAAAGUGGAAAACUUGAAAGAAGAAUUAAAGAAAAUGUCACAUGCUCUCACGAAGAAAUCAGACGAAAUAUCUGAAGUUAAAAAGCAGUGUGACUACCUCAAGAAAGAAUAUGAUCACCUCACAAAAGAACACAUAAAAAUGCUGGACCAGAAGUGUGAAAAGCCUAAAAAGAAAGCCCAAUAAAUGCCUUAUAAGGACACUGGCUUUUAAGAAA